AAAAAAAAAAAAUAAAAUAAAUAAAAUAAUUCUAUUCUAUUCUAAUUCUAUUCAAUUCUUAUCCAUCGAUAAUAACUAGUACAAAAAAUAAUAUAUAUUAUAUACGAAUUGUAUAUACGAAGUAGUAGAAUUAUGCGAUAUACCGAUAACGAACCGUGCGUUUCUUAUCGAGCCUUACGCGGUUUAACAAACAGGCUUAGUUUUAUUUCUCGUUUCAAUCGAAAUACGGCGAAAAUGAACAACGAAUCGGGUUCGAGAAAAGGUGGAAAAAGUGUUGUUUGGGCGUAUUUCUGGUGGUUGUUUGGCGGUAUUUUCGGUUUGCACCUGUUUUAUUUGGAGAGGGACGCCCAUGCGUUCUCACGUGGAGUACUUUGGGGGGUUACGGUUUGGGGUGGUUGGCUGACGUCACGAAAAUACCGCGUUACGUCAGAGAUUGUAAUGACGAUGCCAAGUUUUUGGGGGAGUUGGGAGAAAGGAUGAGACGUAAUAAGAAGCCGCCAUUUUCGACGAGCAGAUUCAUCUCGGCCAUCAUGGUUGGCUACCUGUGGGGUCAGCUCGUCAUGUUGGCAAUACCUGAAGACGAGCUGGGAGGUAUCAAUUUAAAUUCGUACCUUCAUUGGUUCAUUCCAUUGGCUGCUGCGCUCGGUAUAUGGGUGGUAGGAAACAUCGGAAGGGAGAGGGGGAAACCCUGGAUCGCGAUAGCCGUUUCCAUGGCAACCUAUCCGACGCGAUGGUACUUUUUCGACGAGAACAUUUGGCUUACUUUGAUGGUUUUUUGCGCCGGUUUGUCGUUCGAUACGUUCUCGAAACAAUGGCGGAGAACGCCGAGGAAAAAGAGAUCGUUGGUAAAAAGGGUAUCCAUCUUGUUAGCCUGCGCUUUCGUUUAUUCGGCCUUGUGGACGUCAUUUUUCUAUUUCAACGGCAAAAUAACGGAUUCAAAUGGAGACGAAAUUCCCGUACACGAAGCCCUUCAUCAUUUUUUCACGUCCCCCUGGUGGACGGAUCUCAAACAAUCCCUAUACGAUACAUACGUGUACGCCCAACAUCACGGAUGGUACGAAGUGUGGAAGCAAAUAAUCGAUCUGAGCGAUCCGCAGGGCGAGCAAAACGCCUAUAAAGUGUUGGGCGUCGGUCCGACGUCCAGCCAAUCGGAGAUAACGACAAAAUGGCGGGCGCUCAGCCGGGAAUUCCAUCCCGACAAAGCGAAGGAUCCCUCUAAACAGAGAGAGGCUCAGGAGAAGUUCAUGGAGAUCCAGCAGGCGUACGAGAUCCUGUCGAAUAUAAGGAGCAAACGGAGGAGGAAGAAUAAGAAAUCUGUGGUGGACGAUACUUAGAUGAGAAAGAAAAAAAUUAUACAGGGUGAGUCGUGAGGAAUCGUACAAAGUUUAACAGUGUAAAGAGGAACUUAGGGUGAAUAUCAUACGACCAUUAAAAGUUCCAUCCGGCUCUUCUCUAAGGAGAUACAGGGUGAUUUAUUAAUUUUGACGAAAUUUUCAUUUGUUUAUAUCUUU